AGUAACGUGUGGCAUUUUGCCAAAGAAGAAGUUGCUGAUGCUGUCACUUUUGGAACCAUAGAUACUGCUGUUGAUGCUGUCACACUAUUUCCCCUAAUGUACUCUUCCAAUUCGUACCUAUAACAGAUACCGGAGUUCUCUUUUGAGAUUUUAUCGCUCUAUCUCCCACCUUAAAGGUGUCCACCGACUGUCAGAUAUCUGCUGGUUUUAUCCUAGCAUUGCUGCAUGUGCAGUGUGAAUUCCAGGACUUGUUAUUUUAUUAUUUCGCCUAGCGUCAGUGGGAUCAGGAGUAUACAUCUAUGCUAACUGCAGUGUGCUUUACAUAUAGAUCGUAAAAAGCAGAAAUAGGAAUAACGACUGAUGGACUGAAAAUAACUCAUCUGAGCAGCUUCAGGGUUCGUGGCAGUUUUACUCCGAGGCCAACCGGACGGAGGACUCGGUCCCCUUUCAGCGGUACGAGCUGAAUUGCAUUGGUGGCUUCUGUUUAAAUAAUCAGUGUCCGAAGUUCAUUAUUCGCCUUUGCAGUGCAGGUUUUGAAGUUAUCUCAUAUGACUUGAGGUUGGAUUACUGAAAAGAUGCAGAGAAAUUUGAUUUCCUUCCUGUUUGUAAUAUUUAUAAACCAGAUUCAUGGAGCUCCACAGCCCUCUCCAGGAACAAGGCCUGAGCUCACCAUUAGUUUCCAAACAUCUGAGAUGAAAAACCCUUUUAGCCAGGAAGAGCUUGGUCUUCUAAAGAGCUACUUGAAGAAUAUGAAAGAAGUGAAUAAGAACCCUGAUCAAAUGACAAGGGAACAAGUUUUGUUGCACCUGUUUGCUCUCCAUGACUAUGAUAAAAGUGGUUGUUUGGAUGGUCUGGAACUCAUGAGGCUUCUGUCUGAAUUCCUUUCUCAAUAUUCUUCUGACCAACAGACUCCAGAAUUGGUGACCCCCAUGGUGGACAGUCUUUUGGAAAAGCAGGAUGCUAAUAUGGAUGGCUUACUAAACCUCUCUGAACUCCUGACUUCUACAGGGGAACAAUCUUCACUUACUGGAGAUGUUCAGCAGCAUAAAGCUUCCCAGAAUGCACCAGAUCAAGGCUUGGAUGUCACAGAUUUCUCUAGGGAUCUCCAAGAACAAGCUGAAAAUGUAGAGGGGGUCCAAGAAGAACAAGAUACAGCAGAAGAAUCACUAAAUGAACAAAAGAAGACUGACACUGAAGCAGCUGGCCAGGAUAUAUUGCCACCCCAGGAUCUGUUACUUCAAGGAAAUGAGGAACAAGAUACAGAGACUGUUCAAAAUAACUUAAACAUAGAUAGUACAGAGCAACAUAUGAAGGUUAUGCCUGCCCAUCAUGGACUAUCUGAGAUGUAAUAAACAAAAUAGUAGCUCAGAAAUGGACACAGAAUCAGAUCAGGGUUUAGUUUUCUUCCUUGUACUGUAUUGUACUGUCCAAUAGUGCAUGCACAUAAUUAUAAAGAUAGCAGCACAGCAUGCUCAUGUCUUAAACAGCUAAUGCCUGUGCUGCCUCUUAAAUGGAUUACUUCUGAUUUUUUUAAUGAGAAAAUGUUUUCUACUUACAAUUUUACUACUGUUAAAGGAUGUCACACUCUUAGCCAGAUAAUCCUGUCUGUUGUUUGCAAAAAUGUUUAGAAGGCCAGGCAGCAGGUAUCCACAUGAAUUUGAAUUAUAUACUUAGCUGACCUUUGUAACCGUGCCGAAGAGAAGUUUAACUGAUAGUAAUCGUAUGUUGUAAGUGCCAGAUGUGUAUGUGCCUUACAACUAGUGGUAUAAGCAUUUGUUAAAUAAUUAACUAUAUAUGGUGUGUAAUGCAGCUCCAGUCAAAUCAAAACAUAGUAUUAACGAUGCUGAUUUAAUACAGAGAGGAAUACGUCACAGCUUGAGUAGGGCAGCAUGACUGAUAAAAAUGUAAAGUGACAAAUUGUUAAACUAUGAGUGAAAAAUGCAUGAAACUGUUUGGCUGAUAGUUAGGAAGGAGAGUUACUGUAGCUGACUUGUGAUAUGUAGCAAUACAAUCCAUCUUGCUAAGAAUGCAUAGGAGUAUAUCUGGCUGGCAAUAAACAAUGUCACAGUAUUGGUAACUACCUGAGAGGGACUACAACAGCAAAACUGGCAAACUGUACAGGAAUGCAUGAUGUGACUUGUAAAACCUGGAUGUGGCAUACAGUAUGUGAACUAUUCAUUACAGUGCAGUAAUUUUCAAUCUAGCCAACAGCAUAAUAUGUAUCAAAGACCAGUACAGUACAUCUAAUAAACCACAGAAAGCUUGCCUGAUA